AUGGCCGAAGUCUUGGAAAUUAAUUUCGAAAAAAGACGACUACUCGGCGAACUUCAUCUCCCGUCGAAACCUGACAUGGAAAUCUGUGUUUUUGUUUAUGGAUCUGGUUCGUUGAGAUAUUUAGCCCAAGUUCUUCGAUCUCAAGGUGUUGGCACAUACUUGCUUAAUCUUUUGACUUCGGACGAAAAAGAAAUCGAUAGCCUUACAAAACAACUUCAAUAUGAUUGGUAUCAUACUUCAAAUAGAGUUGUCGCUGUUAUCGAUCAUUUCGCAAAAGACGAGAGAGCAGCAAAGAUGCCAAUAGGGUUGUUUGUGUGA